AUGGGAAGUGUCAAGGAUGUAGAUGAGGUUGCAUACAAAUGGUUGCUUGAAAAUGAACCACACCAAUGGUCCAGACAUGCGUUUGACACAAUAGCAAAGUCAGAUCACAUAACUAACAAUAUGAGUGAGUGCUUCAACUUAUGGCUUGGUGAAGACAGGGAACUUCCUAUACUCAGUCUACUAGAACUUUACCAACGUAAGGUAAUGAAGCGGUUACAAUGUAGAUUGAAAGCUGGUACAAAGUGGAUUACACCUUUUCCACCAGUAGUUCAUAGAAAGAUAAACAAGAUGAUUGAGGCAGCUAGAAAUGUCAAAGUCCGGUACCCUAGAUCUGAUGAGUUUGAAGUAGAUGAUGAGAAUGUAAAGCCAUGUAAAACUCAUGUUUUGGUUUUGGGUAAGCAACUGUGUGAUUGUGGGAUGUGGCAACUAUCGGGAAUUCCUUGUGUUCAUGCUAUUGCCUGUUUGUUACACAAAAGCAUUUCCAACUAUGAACAUUAUGUUGAUCCGAAGCUUAGAAUUCCGAUGUACCUGCAAACUUAUGCAUACAUGGUCCACCUUGUUCCCGACAAGACUAGUUGGCCAGAGGUCAGUGAUGAAUAUAUUUGGCCACCAUACAGGCAGCCCAAGGUCGGCAGACCUUCGAAAUCAAGAAGGAGAGAUCCAAAUGAAGAGCCAAAAUCUAAAAAGGUCUCUACACUUAGGUGUAGUGUCUACAGUGUCUUGGGGCAUAACAAAAAGCGAACCUUUGUGUCCAAAAUGACUGAACCCUCUUCAAGAGCUCGAUUUGCAGCAAACUUGUCCCAAGCUUCAAGUUCAAAGGAUUUAGACUAUGUUGGAUUUGUUAAUACAAGAAAUUCCACAUUUGGUUAUUUGUUCCUAUUAGCCGGAGAAGCAGUUUCAUGGAAGAGUGCGAAGCACUCUAUCAUUGUUGUGUCCACCAUGGAGGCUGAGUUUAUUGUGAUAAUAGCUGACAGCAACGAAAUAGCAGUAAAACAGUAA